AUGCUUUUGUCGAAGAAUCUCGCCUGGGCUGCGCUCCCAUCAAUGUUCCACAUUGCACUUGGCCAGCAUGUGGUGAAUCUCGGCGGCGAUGGCUGGACCGUCAGUAGCAAAGAAUUGAACGUGUCGGCCCCUGGGCACCUGCCUUCCCAGGUUCAUUUGGAUCUGUUUGCCGCAGACAUUAUUGAUGACCCAUACCAUGGUCUCAACGAUUUCGACUUGCGUUGGAUUCCCGACAACAACUGGACUUACACAAGUGAGCCACUCAAGGGGUUGGUCGAAAAUGCUCAAUCUUCUUGGCUGGUAUUCAACGGCCUGGACACAUUCACCACAAUUGAGUUUUGCGGCCAUUUCAUUGGUACCACAGAUAAUCAGUUCCGCCAGUAUACCUUUGAAAUCUCCAAAGCCCUCAGCAACUGCAAGGGCGAUCCUACUCUGGCAAUCAACUUUGGCAGUGCUCCCAAGAUUGCCAAUGCCAUCGCCGACGAUCCAAACUCAGAGCAAUGGCCCUAUGGUCCUCAGCAGACCUACGAAUUCCCUAACCGCUGGUACAUCCGGAAAGAACAAUCUGACUUUGGAUGGGACUGGGGCCCGGCGUUUGCUCCAGCUGGCCCAUGGCAAGAUGCUUACCUUGUUCAAUUUGAGCGCGAAGAAAGCGUCUACGUUCUGAACACCGACUUAGACAUUUUCCGCAAGGGACAAAUCAACCAUCUCGCCCCUGACCAAAGCCAGCCUUGGGUGGUGAAUGCGAGCAUUGACUUCCUCGGAUCUCUACCACUCGGGCCCUCCAUGAUCAUUCAGGUGAAAGACAUUGAGACUGGAGAACUCCUUGAAUCGGGCCCUAUCGAGAACGUUGUCUCCAACAGCCAAACUAUCACUGGUAGCGUCACAAUUGAUGCAAAUUCCCCGAAACUUUGGUGGCCAACUGGUCUAGGCAAGCAGAACCUGUAUAAUGUGACUGUUGUAAUUGAGGACAGCAGGAAGCAUGCAAUGGCCAACGUCACGAAGCGCUCUGGAUUUCGAACCAUCUUCCUUAACCGACUUGCUAUCACAGAGGAGCAGCUGGCACAGGGCAUUGCACCCGGCGCGAACUGGCACUUUGAGGUUAAUGGCAAAGAGUUCUAUGCUAAGGGCUCUAACUUUAUUCCUCCGGAUGCAUUCUGGCCGAGAGUUACCGAGGCCAAGAUGCAGCGAUUGUUCACCGCUGUUAAGGCGGGUAACCAGAACAUGCUCCGUGUGUGGGCAUCCGGUGCCUACCUACCCGACUUCAUCUACGACAUAGCUGAUGAAUACGGCGUCCUGCUUUGGAGCGAGUUCCAGUUCAGCGACGCCCUUUACCCCAGCGACGAAAGAUUUCUUGAGAAUGUUGCUGCUGAAGUUGUCUACAACGUAAGGCGUGUUAACCACCACCCAUCGUUGGCCUUGUGGGCUGGCGGCAAUGAACUUGAAAGCUUGGAGUUACCUCUUGUUGAAGACGCAGCUCCUGAUCGCUACACAUUCUAUGUUGGCGAGUACGAGAAGCUGUUCAUAAGUUUGAUUUUACCACUUGUCUAUGAGAACACUAGGUCAAUUUCCUAUAUGCCUAGCAGUACAAACAACGGAUAUCUGUGGGUCAACACGUCCGCUCCAGUUCCCAUGGCUGAGCGCUACAACAAUAUCACGUCCGGCGAAUACUACUCUGAUACAGACCACUACAACUACGAUAGCAGUGUGGCCUUUGACUAUGGAAGCUACCCAGUUGGCCGUUUUGCGAACGAAUUUGGUUACCACAGCAUGCCCAGUCUCCAGACGUGGGAGCAGGCUGUUGAUAAGGACCAGCUGCAUUUCAACAGCAGCACAGUCAUGCUCCGGAAUCAUCACUAUCCUCCAGGUGGCACAGAGACCCGCAACUACAAAAACACAUCCAUGGGCAUGGGUGAGAUGACUAUUGCGGUUGAACGUUAUUAUCCCAUCCCCAACAAGACAAACUCUGUUGCAAACUUCAGUGCGUGGUGCCACGCUACUCAGAUGUUCCAAGCCGAUAUGUACAAAUCAGAAAUCCAGUUCUACCGCCGCGGCAGUGGAAUGCCGGAGCGUCAACUUGGAUCUUUGUACUGGCAGCUCGAGGAUAUCUGGCAGGCCCCUACCUGGGCCGGGAUCGAGUAUGAUGGCCGUUGGAAGGUUCUUCACUACGUCGCUCGCGACAUUUACCAGCCCAUCAUUGUCUCACCUUUCUGGAACUACACCACCGGUCACUUGUCGGUCUAUGUGACUUCUGAUCUCUGGGAGGCCGCUCAUGGCUCGGUGAACCUCACCUGGGUCGAUCUAUCUGGGAAGCCUCUUACUGGUAAUGCGGGCACUUCCAACUCCAAGCAAUUCACCGUUGGUGGUUUAAAUACCACGCAGAUCUAUGCAACGCAGAUCGCAGAUCUGACCCUUGAGGAUAAGAAGAAUGCUGUUCUAAUCCUGUCGCUCGAGGCAACUGGUAUUCUACCUAACUUCGAGGGCUCCCAGAUCACAUUCACCCACCGUAAUCAGGUCUCUGCCGCGUUUCCGAAUCAACUCGCUCUUGUUGACCCCGAAGUUGAGGUUUCUUACGACGAGAAGGGAGGUACUUUUAUCGUGGAAGCCAAGAAAGGUGUCUCACUCUACACUUGGCUGGAUUACCCGUCUGGCGUUGUGGGUUAUUUCGAUGACAAUUUCUUCACAUUGCUUCCCGGGAGAAGAAGAUUGUUCAUUUCACUGCUCAAAAGGAUGACACACAUGGCAAGUGGGUGA